CAUUCGCAGUUGUGGCAGUAAUCGCGCGGUAGCUUAAUGCAAGUGGUCCGGACGUCAGCUUCGGCACAGUACCGCGAACCAAGCCCGCGCGAGUAUGGACUGGACGACGGUUGAGCCGUUGCGGCUUUCGAGCGGUCAAAUGCGAAUCCUGCUCACUGAAGGCGUGGAUUUGAGUGCGCGAUCCGCAAGGCACAAGGUGACCGUUCUCGACGCUGACUGCGAUCCCGGUGCGCUUGAGCGCCGCCACCGCGGGACGCUGAGGUGCGCAUGCCCGCGGGAAUUCGACAGCGUGCGCGAGUUCGAGAGUCACUACGCUAGCCGCCACCAUCUCACGUGCACGCAGUGCCGCAUCGCACUGCCGACGGAGUACUUGCUUGAACUGCACAUCGCGGAGUCUCACAGCCCUAUCUUCGCGGCACGUCCUACGUCGACUAACCAUCCCAAGUAUGAAUGCGUGGUCGAAGGCUGCACAGAGCGCUUCGCAAGUUGGGCGGACCGCAAACAGCACACAGUGGAUGCGCACAGAUACCCAGCUGGCUUUGCCUACUUCCCACACGCACCAGUGGCUGACAAACAUCAAGCCAGGCCAAUCCAGCACAGGGAUGUGCCAAGACGAAUUUGCUUCGGCAGAGGCUCCCAAGUUGCGUGGCACCAGCAGAGACCACCGUCCACUUCUCGAACACCACGAGACCUUGACAUGAGGGACAUGGCAGAGGCACUGGACACUUAGUUUGCCGAGUGCAUGCAUACCAUCAUGUACUAACUGGCUCUGCUACUUUGUUAGAAAGAGACAGUCUGCGACGGGCAUCUCUCCUAAGAUGACAAGGUGUGCCAAACAUUUCGACAGUACCCUGUGGGUUCUGGCAAACAACUUCGUGCUGCCUUGUAACACAUGCCAUUAUAAAAGCUGAACUUUGUUUCCAUUAGGAAAAAUUCGCCACUGCUUACGUGCAUGUGUGAUUGCAAAAGCAUUAUAGUGCCUUCGGCAAAAUGUCUUUUUCCACACGUUCCUUGUCUGCGCAAGCUCUCACAUGCAUUCUAACCGUGCCUAGGUAAAGCCAAAUCAAAAUGCCCCAGGUGUCUCGUCUAAAUGCACCCAUGAGGAGUUCAUAAUUAGGACCGCUCAGCGGCGUUCAGAAUGGUUUUUAUUUUAUGCACUCAUUUUACACACUCGUUAAGUGGUGUCACCUCCUCAUCAUUUGAUGUGCCGUCACAUGUGUUUCGUUCUCGUGUGCAACGAACAGACUGGACAGCUGGGUUGUCAAGAAGCAAAAUCAUGCACGCCUUUAUUCUGCAUCGUUAUUUAUAGUCGAAGGUGGAAAGGGUUAGUAACAGUGAGGGGCGGGUUUAUGCACGUGGCAAUCGUGCAUGUAGAUAGCACAUGCACUUUCAUCAGAUAUGAUAUAUCCUCUUUCCAAACAGUAAUUACAUGACGGAAUUAAUACCGCUGGCUCGUCUGCUGGAACUACUGGUCAUAACCCAGACGAUCUGGCUGCCGCGUCUGUCGUUAGCUGCGUCGCAAUGGUUGAGGCGACGGCUGUUGAGCUACCACCGGCGAGGCUGCAGUAUAUAGUAGUUGACGCCACACCUUGAAAUGGGGUCUGGUUGUCGGUCAUAUCUUCGUCGUCUGAUGAGCCAACCUCAUAUGAUUCCUUCGUCGCCAGAAGAUGCCGACGGUUGCAUCUCAGCACAGUAUUGUUCUCUGUGCGCACAUAAAAGGAUCGUGGGCCGGCCGAUCCGACCACCUUGGCUUUCCUGGCCCAUGAUGUUCCAUUCAAGCGUACCGCGUCAUUUUUGCUGAGGCCUGGUAAGGUGCGCCUAUGACGACUUCUCUGUCGGUGUUUCUUGAGAGUCGCGGACAUUGAAGUCCGGCAAUGGUGUGCGCAGCCACCUUCCUUGCAGCAGUUCCCCAGGAGAACGUUUAUCUUCAACAGGACUCGCCCUGUAAUUUAACAAGCCCAGCCAAAAACACUCUCCUGCAGCUUUUGUUCUCUUUAGAAUACGUUUCACCACCUGUACACCUUUCUCGGCGAGCCCGUUUGAUUGAGGAUACUGCGGGCUUGAUGUCACAUGUUUGAAGUCGUAACGCUUUGCAAAAAUAAUAAACUCUUGGCUGCUAAACUGUGGGCCGUUGUCUGUACAAACCUCGACUGGGAUGCCGUACCUUGAAGAUAUUUCACUCAGCCUAUCGAUAACAGCACUGGCUGCUGUUUUGGGCAGUAGCGCUACCUAAGGGAAAUGGGACAUCGAGUCGUAUGCGCACAAAUAAUCCCUUCCCGAGUACUGAAAAAGAUCGAUGCCGAUACGGUACCAUGGCUGCGUAGGCGUAGGUUGCAUGAUUAAAGGCUCCGAUGGCUGCUUAUAAGUAUAUGUCUUGCAUGUUGGACAUCUUUCAAUCAAGAACUGAAUGUCCGAGUUUAUGUUCGGCCAAUAGACCAUUUGUCUUGCUCUAGCUUUGCACUUUACCUGGCCCAGAAGGCCUGCAUGGAUACGUUUCAAUAUGUCGCAGCGCAUGCUUGUCGGUAUAACUACUUUCGUCCCUUUCAAUAACAUGCCGUUUACUACGGACAGCUCGGCGGCCACUGGUUUAAGGGGGCCGUCGACAGGUUCUCCCUUCGCAAGCUUUCUUAACACAGUGCCAAGAUGUGGAUCGAGAGCCGUUUCCUGUGCAAGUUUUCUAGCUGUCGUUUCACUUACGAGUGCUGAAACGACCGUGACGGCAUGGAUCUCGAUGUCACUCAUGUCUAAAGCUGCCUUGAGUCCUGAAACAGGUGAUCGGGACAGCAUAUCAGCAAGGGCCAUUUGUUUGCCAGGAAUAAAUGUUAGCGUGCAGUCAUAUUUCAUCAGUCUCAAGAAAAAUCGUUGCACUCGGGGUGGCAUAUCACUUAUGCCUUUCUUUGAAAUGUUGAUCAGUGGACUGUGGUCACUCUCGAGGAUGAGGGGGCGGCCAUAAACAAAAUGAUUGAACUACUCGCAACCGAAAGCUAAAGCCAACGCCUCUUUUUCAAUCUGCGAAUGCGAAUAUCUUUGCUCCGAUUCUGUCAAAGCUCUUGACGCGUAGGCGACCGGCUGCCAACAGUCCCCAUGACGUUGCAGGAGCGCCGCACCAACACCACUCUGAGAGGCAUCUGCAGUUACUUUUGUCUCCAGACUCAGUUCAAAUAUAGCAAGCAAUGGUGCAUUACUUAAAUCCCGACAUAUAGCCAGCCAUUCCUUUUCGUGGGUUGGUGUCCAAUCAAAGAUGACGCCUUGUUUGACGAGGGAUCGUAGAGUAGACGUACGCUGCGAGAGUGACGGUAGGUACUUGCUGAAGUAGUUAACGACUCCCAGCAGUCUUUUUGCCGCCAAUUUGUCCUGAGGUUUUGGCAUUUUUAAAAUACCGUCAACGAGAUCUGGAUUUGGCCUAAUGCCCUUGUCGCUAAUGAUGUCACCCAGGAACAGUACUUCUUGCAGGCCAAAGCGACACUUGGAUGCAUUGAAGGUAAGGCCUGCUUUUUCAGCUGCUUCUAAUGCUCUGCGCAGCCUCUCAUCGUGUUCGGCCCUGGUUCCUCCCCAGGUUAGCACAUCGUCUACGUACACCGGGCAGGCCAUGAAAAACCUCGUUAAGGGCUUUUUGAAGCACUUCGCUAGCCGAAGCUAUACCGAACGGUAGUCGAAGAAAGCGAUAGCGGCCGAAGGGCGUCGCGAAUGCGCAUAUCUUCGAUGACUGGUCGUCUAAUGCGAUUUGAUGAAAUCCCGCAUUUGCGUCGAGACGCGAAAAAACUUCGCGCCUGCUAAGUCUGCCCAAUAUCCUCUCUGCGCGGCAUUUGGUAGUGCUCCCUCUUGAUGUUUUCGUUGAUGCGUCUUGGGUCCAUGCAGACUCGCAAUUUGCAGUCUUUCUUUAGUACAAUGACCACCUUUCGUGGUGAUUUUAGGCAUGUCACGUCUAGCCCAGGAUAACCACGUUCUAAUGGGUUGGCAGAAAAAGGUGUUCAGAUAACUAAGCGUAUCCUCAAGAAAACGGCUGAAGCGAAACAAAAUUUCUGGUUGGGACUGCUCGCUUUCAGGACCACUCCACUCGAGUGCGGCGCAUCGCCCGCUGAGCUGCUGAUGGGGCGAAGGCUCCGCACUAGAAUUCCCGACGUUCAAGACAUCCCCAGUCACGAGGUGAUCCGGCGCCUUCAAACAGACCACUCUAGGGGAUCAAUGGCACGCCUGAGCCCUGGAGAUACGGUCCGGGUCAAGAAAGGUGCAUGGGACACGAAAGCGAAGGUUCUCAAGCCUGCUGGUUACCCGAGGUCGUAUACAGUCGUCACAGAAAACGGCACGGUGUUGAGGCGCAACCGGCAGCACCUGCUACUGACCCGGGAGCCCUUUCGAGGCAGCGUACAGGAAGACGACGACUUCGAGGGAAACUCGGGCCAAAGAAAUGGGUCGGCACCUAGCUACACAGAGUGUAUAGCCCCGUCUAUUCCCUCUGAGCCCUGUGCCCCAUUUAGUGUCUCGUCCACACCAGCCCCAAGAAGGUCGCUCAGACAACGUCGACCGCCUCAACGUCUGGCCUACGACGAGAACUUCGCGCAAGUGCCUUGAACUAAAGUGCCUGACAAUUUUCAUUAAUGUUCUUUUCCCAUUUCUUGUUUUGUUUUUCGUACAAAGGAAGAUGUAUCGCAUCUUGGGCGUCGAGCGCCACACGUGUUCCGCGCAAGCGCAUCGUAUGUCAAAACGCAUGCACCAUGUGCAUGCUGUGCAAACAACUUAUCUGUUCUUCAUAAAAAGACACACCCCUUCCUAAGACCUAUGUAUGUACACAUGUGCAAUAAAUCGGGGUUCUUUCCCCCACUGCCCCGGCCCAGCA